GUUAAACACCGAAAAAAAGGGAUCAUCGCAAUGGUUUUAAAUCAUCUUCCUUGUGACAUUCUUUUUCUUGGCUUAGAAGAAUAUAUUCUUUGUAGUCAGAACUUAAAGAGGCAUAGGAUUAGGAAGGAACAUCAUUUGGUAUAAUCGGAUUCUUGGUUAAAAAAGUUUAAUGUUUCUCUCUCUCUCUCUCUCUCGAGAUUCACCCCUUUCAAAGAGAAAUUAUUGAACAGAACCAACACAAUGAUGGUUAUGUCUGGGUAAGAUUAUGUCGGGAAGCAAAAACUUCAUCUGGGAGUGACAUUAUGGGCGAGGUUGAGUUGAGGCCUAGAAUGUACAGAGAGCAGGCAGUACUGUCCUGAAUUUCCUGGUUAGUUUUCAGGUUGGUAGGCCGAUUUGGAGGAGAGAAUAAAAGAAGAGACAAAACUAAACAUAUCAACAAUAUCAGAGUCAUUUACCAAAAGCUUGAGGACAACUGAGCUAUUUUUAUUAAUGGAAAGUGCAAAUCCUUCAGUUGAGCUAUCUCUCUCAUUCAAAGCAAUAAAGAGCAUCCUUUAAUUAAAGCUAAAGGGUAUUAUUGUCAUAUGAAUAAAGAAAGGAAACAAGGCAUCAAAUUUGCUUUUUUUUUCCUCCCCUUUCUCCUUCCCCACCUCCAUUUGAUCUUUUUAUUAUCCAACGGCCAUUUUUAAAUUUGCAUUUUUCUAGCUACUUGUCUUUCUACAAAACCAUCUCCUCUCUUUCCUUCUCUUCACCCUCUUUUCCUCCUAUCUUUGCUAAAAGAAACUUGGCAUAGAGGAAUUCAGAAAGCAAAGGAACCAUUUGUAGCAGAUUUUCAACAUUGCAUCUCUGUUGGAAAAGAAAGAAAAGCAAAGAAAAGAGGAGAAAGAAAAGGAUGGUCUUAAUUUUUCUUACUUGUAUUUGAAGACUCGUUUUCAGUGAAGAUGUUUGAUGCCUUAAGCCCAAACAUACUUGAGGAAGUUCAUCAUAUUAUUCCACUGUCUUGUCCUCCUCACUUCGCCGAAAAAUUCAUUAUUGCAAAGCUGCUUAAAACCCCUGCUGCUGCUGCUCUUUCCUUCCCGUGCUUCCAAACUCAAUUCCCUUGAAACAAUUUUGGGAAAAACAUGUUGUUUUUCCUUGUUUUUACUUUCUUCUCUCUUCUAGGCCCCUCUUCUUCCCAUAGUCUGGUCAGUGAUUUCCAUGUCUUGCUUGCUCUGAAACAAGGGUUUCAAUUCUCGGACUCUGCUGUGCUAAGCACAUGGACUGCGUCAAACUUUAGCUCCGUUUGUUCGUGGGUCGGGAUUCAGUGCUCUGACAAACGAGUUGUGUCGGUUGACUUGACAGAUUUGAGCCUUGGAGGCUCUGUUUCACCGUUUAUUUCUAGUCUUGACCAACUUUCUCAGUUGUCUGUGGCUGGAAAUAACUUCUCCGGUAGCAUUGAAGUAGUGAAUUUGAGUUACCUCCGAUUCCUUAACAUCUCAAACAACCAGUUUACUGGGACUCUGGACUGGAACUUUUCGAGUCUGCCAAACUUAGAAGUGUUCGAUGCUUAUAACAACAACUUCACUGCUGUGCUCCCCACUGAGAUUUUGAACUUACAGAACCUCAAGUACUUGGACCUUGGAGGUAACUUUUUCCAUGGAACAAUCCCCGAAAGCUAUGGCAAUUUCGAAGGAUUGCAAUAUCUUUCUCUUGCAGGAAAUGAUUUGGUCGGGAAAAUCCCAGGUGAGUUGGGAAAUCUUACAACUUUGAGAGAAAUUUACUUGGGUCAUUACAAUGUUUUCGAAGGUGGGAUUCCACCCGAGCUCGGGAAGUUGGAGAAUUUGGUUAUUAUGGAGAUUACAGACUGCGGUUUGGACGGUCAAAUUCCUCAUGAACUCGGAAAUUUGAAGGCCUUGAACACUCUAUAUUUGCAUACGAAUCUACUCUCAGGUUCAGUCCCGAAGCAGUUAGGCAACUUGACAAACUUGGUCUUUCUCGAUCUAUCCAACAAUGCACUCACAGGAGAAAUCCCAUCUGAGUUUGUUGAUCUCAAACAGCUCAAGCUUUUCAACCUCUUCAUGAACAAACUACACGGAUCUAUUCCAGAUUACGUAGCAGAUUUGCCGAACUUGGAGAGCUUGGCGCUGUGGAUGAACAACUUCACCGGCACAAUCCCAAAGAAUCUCGGCCAAAAUGGGAGGCUUCAGCUCCUUGAUUUGUCAACGAACAAGCUCACGGGCACAAUCCCUCAGGAUUUGUGUUCAUCGAACCAGCUGAAAAUAUUGAUUCUGAUGAACAACUUCCUGUUUGGGCCAAUCCCUGAUGGCUUGGGGACAUGUACCAGUCUAACAAAAGUGAGGUUGGGGCAGAACUAUCUGAACGGAAGCAUUCCUAAUGGCUUCAUUUACUUGCCUCAGCUAAAUCUAGCAGAGUUUCAGGACAAUUACCUUUCAGGUACACUUUCAGAGAAUUGGGAGAGUUCAUCAAAACCCAUCAAAUUAGGGCAACUUAAUCUCUCUAACAAUCUUCUCUCUGGAACUUUACCAUUCUCAUUUUCUAAUUUCUCUUCUCUGCAAAUUCUCCUCCUUGAUGGCAAUCAGUUUUAUGGUACAAUUCCUCCUUCCAUCGGGGAACUCAAUGAACUUCUGAAGCUCGAUCUUAGCAGAAACUCACUUUCGGGUGAAAUUCCACCUGAAAUUGGGAAUUGUAUCCAUCUCACUUACCUUGAUUUGAGCAAGAACAACCUCUCUGGCCCAAUUCCACCUGAAAUUUCCAAUGCACAUAUUCUCAAUUACCUCAACUUGUCGAGAAAUCACCUAAAUCAAUCCCUACCGAAAUCAAUAGGGGCCAUGAAGAGCCUCACGAUUGCAGAUUUUUCCUUCAAUGAUUUCUCCGGAAAGCUACCGGAAUCAGGACAACUUGCCUUCUUCAAUGCUUCGUCUUUCGCCGGAAAUCCUCAACUCUGCGGAUCUCUCCUCAACAAUCCCUGCAACUUCGCAACAACGGCAACAAAAUCGGGAAAAACUCCGGCGUAUUUCAAGCUAAUCUUCGCCCUUGGCCUACUGAUUUGCUCCCUAGUGUUUGCCAUAGCCGCAAUAGUCAAAGCAAGAUCGAUUAAAAGAAACGGCUCAAGUUCGUGGAAAAUGACCUCAUUCCAAAAGCUCGAUUUCACCGUCUACGACGUUUUAGAGUGCGUGAAAGAUGGAAACGUGAUCGGAAGAGGCGGCGCCGGCAUCGUCUACCACGGAAAAAUGCCGAAUGGAGUUGAAAUCGCAGUGAAGAAACUCCUAGGGUUCGGCCCCAACAGUCACGACCACGGAUUCCGAGCCGAAAUCCAAACCCUAGGCAACAUUCGACACCGGAACAUCGUCAGAUUAUUCGCUUUCUGCUCCAAUAAAGAGACAAAUCUCCUCGUAUACGAAUACAUGAGGAACGGAAGCUUAGGCGAAGCACUCCACGGAAAAAAAGCCUCAUUCCUCGGAUGGAAUUUGAGGUACAAAAUCGCCAUUCAAGCCGCUCAAGGUCUCUGCUAUCUCCACCACGAUUGUUCUCCACUAAUCGUCCACCGAGACGUGAAAUCGAACAACAUUCUCUUGAAUUCGAACUUCGAAGCUCACGUCGCCGAUUUCGGACUGGCGAAGUUCAUGUUCGACGGCGGUGCAUCGGAAUGCAUGUCGGUUAUCGCCGGAUCUUACGGCUACAUCGCUCCUGAAUAUGCAUACACGUUAAGAGUGGAUGAAAAAAGUGAUGUGUACAGUUUUGGAGUAGUGCUAUUAGAGCUUUUGACGGGACACCGCCCAGUUGGCGAUUUUGGAGACGGAGUAGUUGACAUAGUACAAUGGUGCAAAAGAACUCUAGAAAACGGGGAGAGCGAAAAUGACAUUCUUGACGUAGUCGACAAAAGGAUAGGAACAGUGCCCAAAGAGGAAGCAAAACACUUAUUCUUCGUAGCAAUGUUGUGCGUGCAAGAGAACAGCGUGGAGAGACCAACUAUGAGAGAAGUGAUUCAAAUGCUGGUUGAAUUUCCUCACCAAUCUCCAGAAUGUAACAAAUCUUCGAGUUCUUCUCCUUAUCAAAAUUUGAAAAAAAACGAAAAGAUAAAAGAAGACUCGUCAAAGUUCAAACCCGACCAUUGGGUUUAAGAGGAAAAGAAAGUUGUGGUUUUUUUUGGGGGUUGUUAGGGUUUUAAUAGUAUAUAGGUCAAUUUAGGGUUUAGUUUUACAUGUUUCUUUUAAAAUCUUUAGAAUAUUGGGUGUAAAAUGAGUUGUUUUAUAGGUAAAGGGAAUAUCAAUAUCAUGUUUAAUAAUAAAUAUCAUGUUUAACGGGC